GAAAAAGAAAAAAAAAAAAAAAAAAAAAAAAAGAAGAAAUUGAUAGGCAAGGACUGCGACUAUAAUUUCGAUCCUGAUGCAAACAUGGUCCCUCUCUUAGUCUCUCCCUCCUUAUUUAUUCCCUCCAAAAAAACCGUAUUUCAAAUUCCAGAAUUGCCAAUCGGUGCUGCCUCCUCCAAUCCAGUCCGUAGGUGUAAGUUAUUAGACUUGGAGGAGCGUCGGCCCAUUAAACGACUUAAAAAAGGGGAUUCUGCUCAUGGUAAUGGUAUACUGUUAGAAGACAGAAUCAGCAGUUUACCUGAUGCUCUACUAGGAGACAUACUCUCAUUCCUUCCUACUAAGGAUGCUGUUGUUACCAGUGUAUUGUCUAGGCGAUGGAGGCGUGUUUUCACCUGGGUAACACGACUCACCUACAUCUCUUUGUGUGGACCGUCCUUGUAUGCCUGAUUCUUUCCCCAAUUUCAAGAGAUUUGUUGAUAACUUAUUGCAACUGUGUCACUCUCACAACAUUACCACUUUUAGACUUCACUUUGGCAGGGAUGAUCUAAGCCCUUACAAAUUUGGAAGGUGUAAACAAGGUUGUUUACCUCAGUUAAACCCUAUGCAUCUUAAUACUUGGAUGUGUUUUCCAUUAACCCGUGGGGUUAAAGAACUUGACAUUCGUGCUUGCGUUAGGGAACCCGGUAAGCUGCCUUCGGCCCUCUUUGGUUGUCCGACACUCGAGGUGUUAAAGAUCAAUGUGAAUCUUCAUCUUGAAGUUCCUCUGUCUUUCUGUUUGCCAAACUUGAAAGAGUUCAAUCUCACUUUACCCGUCAUUCCUGAUGGUGACUUCGCGACUAGGCUAGUUUCAAGCUGUCCAUCCCUUGAACACUUUACUCUGAAUGGUUACUGGAAUCCUUUGAAUCCCAUUAUGAUAUCUUCACCAUCACUUCGUAGAUUAUCUGUAAUUACUCGUACUUUUGGGAGUAGUUACCUAAGGACCGAGGUUGUACUUGAUGUUACUAAUGUGGAGUAUCUAAUGUAUGACGACGUUUCUGCAUCUCACUACUGCAUUGGAGAUCUGAAUGCUCUUGUUGAAGCUGAAAUCAACCAAACUGUUCCUGAGGAUACGCUUAACCUUCUUUGGCGGCUGUCUAAUGUUCGUCGUUUGUUUCUGAUGGAAUCAUGUGUAGUGGCUCUGCAUCUUUGUGAAUCAGAGCAGCUUAAGCUGCCUGUCUUUCGUAAUCUGAAUCAUUUGAAGCUUGGUUGUUCUGCCUUUAUUAGUUGGUAUACAUUGUUGAUGGAGCUGCUUAAUUGUGCGCCUUUUCUAGAAACACUUAGUUUACCGAAGGGAAUCGUAUUUGAUGAUGAUGAGGAGGAUGAACAUUAUAUGGAGAUGUCUGGGCAAGAGUGUAAGUCUUGGAGUUGUACUCCCAUAAUCCCGUCUUGUUUGGCGAGUAAUCUCAAAAGAAUCUCAGUACAAGAUUACAAGCUGACCGAAUGGGAACUGGAAGUGGUUAAAUAUUUUCUGAGAAGCUCAUUAGUUUUGGAGGACUUGGAUGUAGCUUUGGAUCGUUGGAAGUCAGAGACUGAAAGGAUAUCGCUCAACGAGACAUUACAGAAGCUACCAAGAGCCUCAAAAACUUGUUCAAUAAAAGUCCGUAGAGGGGACUGAUUGUAUGGGCACUCUGUAGUAGGUUGAAUAACCAAUUUGGCAGUGCCUCGUACGUUUCUCCGUGUGUUCUGUACUAAGUUAUAAAGACAUGACUGAUAGUAUGGCCGUAUGAAUAAGCUGAUACUUGUAUUUAUUAGUGCUCUUUUCAUUGUGUCCUGUACUAAGUUAUAAAGACGGUG